AUGGACAACAAUCGCUGGCUCCCAGCAGCACCAUAUGGUGCUACUUGGAAUUGUCAGCACACUUUCACCACUACAGUUCGGGGAACUGUACGAGUCGUACGAGAAAUUUUGGAUGAGAUGCAGGCGGAUCAGUUCAUAUGGCAGCCGUAUGACAUGGACUCGGAUGUCAUUAUGGCUUACGCCGAUGAAUUGAACCCCCAGUUGUGGAGGUCAUCUGUUCCGUUGAUAUUCUACGCAAUAGUUGAAAUGCAUCGUCCCGAACGAGUUGUUCGCCAAUUCGGGAUGAGGCAGAAUGUACCAGAAUCGACGGAUACCCGUGAUAUGAGCCUCCAUCAGAUUUCCCGUAAAAAUCACGCGGGCGCAGAUUGGUCUCUGCAACACAUACAAUACAUCAAUAGAUGGCAAAAACGAUAUGACACGGUUGUACAUAGGCCACUCAUUUCUAAUAGAAGGGAAACAGAACGAGGUUAUUGGGAGUGGUACUACAACAUAACAAGAAAUUUCGUGUCGUCAUCUACUGAUAGACGUGUGGAAAGCGGGUACCAACCUGGAGAAGCACCUAUGUUGCAAGUUGUGGCAAAUGAGGUGAAUGCCCUUGAAACUUUAUGUCGAUCUAGACCACCAAAUAUCGAAGGAUAUAGUCAAUUGGUGGAUAGAUUUGAACAUGGGUUACAUAUUAUCAAGGAGUUCAGUUGA